AUGAAUAAUUCUCCCUACAUUGUGAAAAGGAAACAAAGAAGAGGUGAUUGGGUUUGUGGAAUUUGUAAAAAUCUUAAUUUUUCAUUCAGAAGCACAUGUAACAUUCAUAAUUAUAUUUAUUUUAGGUAAUAGAUGUAAUAAACUUCCCAAUAAAAUAUCACUAAAACACUAAUAUAAAGGGUUUUAAACAUUGGUUCUUAUCCAAUAUGAAGAACCAAUAGAAAGUAUAGAAGAACUUCUUGAAAAUCAAAUUGAUCCAAAUGUCACAUCAAGCCUUUUGGUAUUGGGCUUAGACCAAUUUUGA